CGGCGCAUGCCUCAUUUCCCACGAUGUCAACAAGUGUAAUGUAAUGUACAUUCGUCAUGAGAAGUUUUUACGUGGGAAAAUAAGAAUAUAUUUACGUUGUUUUACAUUAGAUUUACACAGAUCCUGACUGUACAGUUCAGUGAAUACACAAAAACAACCCCACGUUGCUGAAGGUCAGAGGGAACACCAUAAUAUAAGGUAGAUCCUGCACGACUGGCGGUAUUAAAGAAAAUCAUGUCGAUUGCAUCGAACAUCGAUGACGUCAACAGUUCUUGUAUUCAGAAUCUGUGUAUUGAUUCUAAUUCUGGUCAUGAUCCAGCUUUUGGAAGUUAUAGCGAUGUCAUUUGCGAUUCCGUGGGUGAUAUGUAUGCAGGAUCGGGGCAGUGGGCGUGUCUUGGUACCGACAACUUUCUGGACGAAUCAGUUUCGUCUACGACAAGCUUCCCAAUGAUAGAUCACAGCUGCUAUGAUGAUCAGUAUCAUGAAUUGAUACAACAGCUGACGUUUAUGAUACCGCAGAGGUUCUUGGAAACGCCCAUUGAUGAGUGGUCCGUCGUCAAGGGUGCAACCGAUUACAUCGCCUGUCUCCGACAAACUUUAGAAACUACAGAUACUCCUUACACAAAUUCGGAUAAAACUUCAAAUUCAGAACCGGAAGUUGGAAUAGGGUUUAUGCCCCAGUCAUAUACAGACUAUAUGCAUUGUGUUCAGCCAGACAGCACAGUCUGUAGUGGUGGCCAAAAUGACGAAUGGGAGUUCGUGUCUGGUGACGAUUACGGGUGGCACAAAUCAGCUUUCAAAGGACCCUGUUCUGUCUUUGAAAAUCAGCCGACUAUGAUGCCCAUUGCUUCUUCUGCUCAUCCAGUGGCUUUAUGGCAGAACAAACAUCUUGAUACCUCUUUCGAGCAGCCUCAUCUGUUUCAGCGACAAAUGUUCGACAGACAAACUUACAAGACUUGCGAAGCUCUCGAUGGUGUUUCUGGAAGCAUGGAAAAUAAAGACCCCAACUCAUUUCAGAAACGCAGAAAGAACUCGUACACGGUAAUGAACGACAACUCUUUUUCGGAUAUAGUUCCAUUUCCGGAUGAGAACGACGGUAUAUUUAUCCGUAAAGACGUUUCCUGCAUUUCGGAUAACAGUAACCGAGAUGAGAGUGAUCGAUUUACCAAAAUCAAAGAACCUGGGCUCAGGGAUAGUCAUGACAUGAGCUCCAUUGAAAAAUAUCCUUUCCUUUCAUCUCUCCUGGAUGAAACAGGGUUCACCGAGACGGACAAUGUCAUCACCACCACCAAAAACAGUCUUGCAACAUGGCCACGUGAUCAAGCCAUAGUCUCUCCUUUAAAACAAUUUGACAGAUGGAUCUUUCCAGCGAAUAGUAAAAACGGAGAUGAUGACGUAUUUUUGCCGUCAAUACAAACUGAACCCGACUCGACCACCAACAAAAACUGUGACAUAUAUAAGGUCAAAAGCCAAAGCACAGAUCUACGAAGACCCAAGAAUGGAUUCAUACGAUUUUCUGUGGAAUUUCGAAAACAUUUGGCAAAACUACACCCGAAGUUGGAUAAUCGUGAAGUGUCCAAAAUGUUAGGAGCAAAGUGGCGUCGGAUGAGUCAUGAAGAAAAAAUACCAUACGAGAUGGAAUUUCGAAAAGACAUAUCAGAACUUCGGUCAAAACACCCCGAGUGGCGAUAUGCGCCUCUCAAGCAAAUGGAAACUGAACACAUAGAACCAAUGCCAAGCCGUCUGAGACCGCGGGAUAAGCUCAAGAAGAAGUUUCUGCCAACUAUCAUCAAGUACGGCCCAACGAUCUCAUCGAAGAAGCAUCCACGUCUGCAAAGGAAAAAGCGCGGGAAAAUGAUGCGAUACAAUACAUACAAUUCGUUUGCCUGGUUCCAGUGUAAACUUUGUUGCAAGUGGAGAUACGUUCCAUGUAUCGAUGACGGGAACCUUCCAAUAUAUCAGUCCAUGUGGUUCUGUCACAUGAAUCCGGACCCUACUUGCAACUCGUGCUUUGCCGAGGAUGGACUAUCCAUAAACCAUACUAUAAUGACGUCAUCGGCCGACAGUGGGUAUGGAACCAACCCAUGCAGUACGGUGUCUGUUUUCUCAACCACUGCUAACAUGACCAUGCUUUGAGAACUACUAUAGAUUAGGAGGUCAGAGGUGACCUUCUUUGCUUGUAGUAUUGUCAUUUAUAUAUGUUAAGCAUAAUUUUGCAGCAUCUAAAAUAUUAAAAAUGUAUUUCAUUUC